UUGACGCACGGCAAGAUGGUUUCUUCCAAUGGGAUGGCCAUCUGCCGUGCCCUGUCUAGCUGCAUUCUCUUCCUGGCUUGUUGUUGGCUGUGCGUGCACGAGGCGGCGGCCGAGGGCUUGGUUCCGGCGCUGUACGUGCUCGGCGAUUCCCAGGCGGACAACGGGAACAACAACCACCUGGUGACGCUGCUCAGGGCAGACUUCCCGCACAACGGCGUCGAUUACGGCCGUGGGAACAAGGCCACCGGCAGGUUCAGCAACGGCAAGAACUUCGUCGACUUCCUCGCCGAACAUCUCAACCUGGCCAGCACUCCCCCUCCGUAUAUGUCCAUCCGCAACAACCCAAGCAACAGGUUCAUAUAUCCGAGCGGUGUCAACUUUGCUUCAGGAGGUGCAGGGGUAUCAAGUGAAACGAACAAGGGCCAGUGCAUUAGCUUCGAUCAGCAAAUUGAUCAACACUACUCUGGGGUGUAUAAAGCAUUGGUCAAUCAGCUCGGUCAAAAUAUGACUUUGGCCCGUUUGGCCAAAUCGAUUUUCACCGUUGCCAUCGGUGGCAACGACAUACUUAACUACGUCCGUGGAGCAAGCCGCCUGGUGCGUUUCCUAAGGUUUUUCAGGUAUCGUCCGUCUCCUGAGCAGUUCAUCGCCUCGUUGGCUCAGUCCCUGGAAGGCCAACUGGAGAGGAUGUACGCCCUUGGGAUGCGCAAGCUGUUCGUUGUUGGAGCGGCGCCGCUUGGGUGCUGUCCGGUGCUGCGGAAGGGGACCCCCAGGAAGGAAUGCCACGCCGAAGCAAACGAAUUGUCAGCUCAGUACAACGUCGAGGUGGCCGCCCGCCUCCGUGAUAUGAGGGCGCGGCACCCGGACAUGCGCUACUCCUUUUUCGACGGAUCCACUGCCUUGCUCGACUACAUCAAGGAACCAAAAGCAAACGGUUAUGCUGUGGUCGAUAGGGCGUGCUGCGGGCUAGGAAAGAAGAACGCCAUGUUUAGCUGCACUCCCGUAAGCAGCCUGUGCGAGAACCGCACCAACCACAUAUUCUGGGACUUCGUACAUCCCACGGAGAUUACUGCGCAGAAGCUGAUGGCACUUGCCUUCGACGGGCCAGCACCAUUGGCUACGCCGAUGAAUGUUCGGCAGCUGAUAAGUGCCACUUAGGAGUGCAUUGCCGAUAUUCAUGAAUCCAUGGAAAAUGAUUUGUACUCUUAUCAAUAGGAUUUCUAUUGAUUGUUAUUAUUAUUUUUUUGUUUCGGGGGAAUAACUAUUGAUUGGACAGUCAUUUGUAAACUAGUAGGACGGCAAUCAAAUGUGCAUGUGCCAGCAUCUGCUAGACCUUUCUUUACCA